AUGAGCAUAUAUGCGGCGAGUCGACGUCUUUGCGCCACCCGCAUUUUUCGAUCACCAUCCUCACCAUCCUCAUCACCAUCCUCGUCACCAUGGAAUCUCGUCACCAUCCUCGUCAACAUCCUCAUCAACAACGUCGCCAUCUGCUUCUUCACCGUCGUCAUCAUCCUCCCCUUGAUCGUCAUGACGCAGGCCUCUGCCCGCUCUGACAUCCCAUCCCUUGGCGUUCGCGCGGUCACUGUCACAUCUCGGCCCGUCCUCGACAUCGACCCGACCGCCCUCAUCGCCGCUCCAGUCGACGCGGCGUUCGACCCGGCCAUGUGUGCGCGAGAAGCCCUACGUGGCGCUCUUCGGGCUCGCCGCAUCGAGGACGGGCUCUCAGCUCUCAUGAAGGGCGGCGGGCCGUGUCCGGAGAAGGCCCGCGUCGCCAUCUCCGGCAUGCCGGCAGCCCACUUUACCGUCGCCUCCUCGGUCGCUGCCGCUUCCCUCGCAGUACGAGGUCGGCGUACCGUCUGCGCGUACCUGCUCGAAGGCCUACAACCGCACCGCGGCGGCUUGUCGCAGGCGACCACCGAGUGCUACACGGACAUCGCGGACGAGAGUGCGGGCGUUCGCGCGGUCACUGUCACGUCUCGGCCCGUCCUCGACAUCGACCCGACCGCCGUCAUCGCCGCUCCAGUCGACGCGGCGUUCGACCCGGCCAUAUCGUCUUCCCCCCUCCGCCCGCCCGCCUUCCCGCCUGCCUCCACAGCCCUUUUCGUUCGCGCGCAGGCCCGCGUCGCCAUCUCCGGCAUGCCGGCAGCCCACUUCACCGUCGCCUCCUCGGUCGCUGCCGCUUCCCUCGCAGUACGAGGUCGGCGUACCGUCUGCGCGUACCUGCUCGAAGGCCUACAACCGCACCGCGGCGGCUUGUCGCAGGCGACCACCGAGUGCUACACGGACAUCGCGGACGAGAGUGCG